GAUUCUCCAGAUAAAAGAGAGAGAAAAACAACCCCUCUUUCUAUCUCUCUCUCUUGUUAUAAAAUGAUUCGGUCUCCAUUGACGAUUUGCUCUCCUCUCUCUACAAGGGAGUCCAGCUCUGGCGUUGAAGUCAAUAGUCAUAUAAAUACUAGUAGCAUGUGCCUUCUUCGCAUAUAAUAAAUGUGAGAUAUCCUUGGUGGGUUCAUAAUCUAAGUGUAGUUACUCUCAUUACUGUUAUUCUACUCAUAAUUUCAAGCAAGAAGCCUCCCAUACACGCGCCAUGUUCUGUGUCUCUUCUCCAACUGCAGAAGAAGCUUUGAAGAACUGCUGCUACUCUUCCACAUGAACGUUGCUCUUGAAUUAUUCACCUCGACAAAGGAAGAGGGCCUUGUUUGAAGCUUUUUGGAUUGUGUCCUUGAUCAUCUUGAGCUCCUUUAAAAGGUCCAUCCCUGACCCUGACAAUAGAAAAGUUGUUUCCUAUCCAAAGGGAUCGAUAAAGGGGAACAAGAAGGCUUACAGCGAGAAAUGAUGAUGAGAAGAUGGCUCGCUUGCUGCGCUAGGGACACAGAGAUUAGCCUCGACUUUGAUGAACAAGAGAGGAUAAUGACGUAUAAUGGCCUUGAGAGUUGCAUUAUAAACAACCAGUCUUACGAAAAUGAAAGCGGGACAAGCAGAGGAGAGGGUUGUCUAAGCGAAUCUUUCGACGAUGAUGGUUGUUCAAGCUGUUCUUCCAGCAAAGAUGCUUUUGGGUCAUUUUCAUCUAAAUGGUUGAGAACGAAGAGGGAUGAGCAUGGUUUGGAUGAUUGGGAGGUCGCUGGAGGCCCUCGUCACUUUUAUGCUAAAGAGAAACCAUGUUACUCCCUUCAAUAUUCAGAUGUGGAGACAAUGAAAGAGAAAUUUGCAAAGCUGUUAUUGGGUGAAGAUUUCACAGGAGGGCGUAAUGGCCUCAGCCCUGCGUUGGCAUUAUCCAAUGCUAUAACAAAUCUUGCAGCCACGGUUUUCGGGGAGCUGUGGAAAUUGCAGCCAUUGCCUGAAGAAAGAAAGACCAAGUGGCGAAGAGAAAUGGACUGGUUGUUGUCCCCUACAAACUACAUGGUUGAGUUAGUUCCUGCUAAGCAAAACUGUGCCAAUGGUCGAGCGCUAGAGAUAAUGACACCAAAAGCCCGUGCAGAUAUCCAUGUGAAUCUUCCAGCACUUCAAAAGUUGGACUCUAUGCUUAUUGACACGCUGGAUUCAAUGGUGAAUACUGAGUUUUGGUACUCAGAAGUAGGCAGCCGGGCAGAAGGCAGAACCAAGAGCGCAAAGGAGAGCAAGAGAUGGUGGCUCCCACUGCCGCAAGUACCGACAAAUGGGCUUUCUGACUCGGGAAGAACGAAACUGCUCAAUCAGAGUAAGGUGGUCUAUCAAGUAUUCAAGGCUGCCAAAUCCAUCAACGAAACUAUUUUGCUUGAAAUGCCCGUGCCAACCAUUAUUAAGGAUGCACUACCAAAGUCUGGAAAGGCAAACCUUGGUGAGGAACUGUACAAGUUGUUGACUGCAGAGUCAAACACAGCUGAGGAAAUGCUCGAUUCUCUUAAUUUACAAUCAGAACACAGUGCUCUUGAAGCCAUCAACAAGCUGGAAGCUGCCGCUUUUGCAUGGAAAGAUAGAAUGACUGCACAAGUCGGUGUUAAAUCUCCUGUUCGAACACCAUGGUCCUUUGUAAAGGACCCGGUGUCAGAGUUUGAAAAGAUGGAGUCACUGUUGGACAGAACAGAAUCCCUUCUACAGCAGCUAAAGAGCAGAUAUCCAAAUCUUCCUCAAACAUUUCUUGAUUCUACAAAAAUCCAAUUUGGCAAGGACGUGGGACAUGCAAUCUUGGAAGCAUAUUCACGGGUUCUUGGAAACUUGGCAUUCAGCAUACUGUCUAGGAUAGCAGACAUUAUGCAAGAAGAUUCAUUGACCAAUCCCAGUUCUCCUGCGGCUACAUGUUGCUUUCCAGGAAUAAAUUCAUCAGGAUAUGUUGAGACUCCAGCCAUGUCCUACAUCUCCGACACUCACUCAUCGAAUCGGUUGAAUAAGGUGGAUGUGAAGCAUCGAAAAUCCAAUGCUAGUCAUAUUUCUGAUCAGGAACUCUCUUGUAGCGAAGCCAGGACAAGCUCGGUAAUUGCAACACCAAGUCGAAGUCGAGUAUGGUGCAUUGGUGGAGAUGCUUGUAGAAGUCUGUCCCCUAAAAAGUCUCCAAAACAUUAAAAAAAGAAAGAGAGCUUUGGUAUUUAUAUGCAGGUUUCUGUAAAUUGUGUUACUAUAAUGUUCACUGAGAUAGUAUGAGAGAUGUUUGAUUCUCCCUCAUGCAUUAACAUAAUUAAUCAUAUGAAUAAAUCAGUGUUGGUUUGGCA